AUGCGCGCCGAGUCCCGGGGCGGCCGGAGCCCCGCCAAGCACAGUCGGUCGGUUGUUCGGAGCCGGGCACCCAGCCUCGCCCGGCUCGCUCGCCCUUGGCUCGGGCUUGGCGCCUGCCGAGCAGAUCAAGGUCCUACGCCGUUGCUUCUCUUGGGCCUGGGGUGGGGGCGGAUAGAGCGCAGGCAGAACCCCCGCCAAACCGGAACGGAUGCCCUAAACCGUGCGCGAACCAGGAAGAAGGCAGCGGAGUUGCAAACGUGGUUUCCCCGGGGUGGCAGAGCGGUGUCCUCCUCCCUCUGGAAUCCUCGGCUAAGGCCGACGGUGAUCGCGGACUUGCUCGUCGUCGCCCGCUUCUCGGGGCCGGGAAGUUUGGCCAGAGCCGGGUCUGAAGAGUUCUCCCGAAAACGCCUCGGGCCGGGCCCAGAGCGAGGCGCCCUAGCCGCCCCACGGGAAGGGAGGCGCAGGGCUGGAGACCAGGGGAGGGGACGCUGGUGGCCCUGGGGCCGCGAUCUCCAUUGGGCUAUUUGCUUGCGGGAGCUGGCUUGGGACUCGAACCCACGCGCGUACCAGACCCCAGCGGCGCGGCUCCUUGCUGCGGCCUCAGCCGCGCAGAGGCCAGGCUCGGCCCGGGAGCCUCUUGGCGCCUGGCAUCCCGGGUCUCCGCAGGCCUUCGCGCAGCACCGUGCUCCCACGCGCAGGACAGAGGUGUCUGUGCGGGUUGGGGGGACUCUGUCCCGCAAAGGCCAGGUCCUCCUUUUCUCAGUCCCUUUCCUCGGGCCUGCCCGCCAAGGUCUGGGGCUCAGAGGCCGGGUUCCUGUCCGGAUCUUCACCGGUUCCCCCCCAUCCAACCCCCGUCUCUCCCCUUUUUGCCGUCCAGGGAGCGGCGAGGACGGCUUCUUGCAGGGCGCUUCUCCUCUGGCAUCUCCGGGAGGCUCCCCGAAAGGGUCCCCUGCGCCGGGCCUGGCCAGGCCGGGGACCCCGCUGGCCUCGCAGCAGACGCCGAGGGUGGAUCUGCAAGGAGCAGAGCUCUGGAAGCGCUUCCACGAAAUCGGCACCGAGAUGAUCAUCACCAAGGCCGGCAGGCGCAUGUUUCCAGCAAUGAGAGUGAAGAUCUCAGGAUUAGAUCCUCACCAACAAUACUACAUCGCCAUGGACAUCGUACCAGUGGACAACAAAAGAUACAGGUAUGUCUACCACAGUUCCAAAUGGAUGGUGGCAGGCAAUGCUGAUUCCCCGGUGCCACCCAGGGUGUAUAUUCAUCCAGAUUCACCUGCUUCUGGGGAGACUUGGAUGAGACAAGUGAUCAGCUUUGACAAGCUGAAGCUCACUAACAAUGAACUGGAUGACCAAGGCCAUAUUAUUCUUCAUUCUAUGCACAAGUACCAACCUCGAGUGCAUGUCAUCCGCAAAGACUGUGGAGAUGAUCUUUCUCCCAUCAAGCCUGUUCCAUCUGGGGAGGGGGUGAAGGCAUUCUCCUUUCCAGAAACUGUCUUCACAACGGUCACUGCCUAUCAAAACCAGCAGAUUACUCGCCUUAAGAUAGACAGGAACCCAUUCGCCAAAGGCUUCCGAGAUUCUGGAAGGAACAGAAUGGGCUUGGAAGCCCUGGUCGAGUCAUAUGCAUUCUGGCGGCCUUCACUGCGGACUCUCACGUUUGAAGAUAUCCCUGGAAUUCCCAAGCAAGGCAACGCAAGUUCCUCCGCCUUACUCCAAGGUACCGGGAACGGUGUUCCUGCCUCACAUCCUCACCUUUUGUCUGGCUCCUCAUGUUCGUCUCCUGCCUUCCAUCUGGGGCCCAACACCAGUCAGCUCUGUAGCCUGUCCCCAGCUGACUAUUCAGCCUGUGCCCGUUCAGGCCUCACCCUCAACCGAUACAGCACGUCCUUGGCCGAGACCUACAACAGGCUCACCAAUCAGACCAGCGAGACCUUCGCUCCGCCCAGGACUCCCUCCUACGUGGGGGUGAGCAGCAGCGCCUCUGUGAACAUGUCCAUGGGAAGCACCGAUGGGGACACCUUCAGCUGCCCUCAGACCAGCCUGUCUAUGCAGAUUUCAGGAAUGUCCCCCCAGCUCCAGUACAUCAUGCCAUCACCAACCAGCAACGCCUUUGCUACUAACCAGACCCACCAGGGUUCCUAUAACACUUUCCGGCUACAUAGCCCCUGUGCCUUGUAUGGAUAUAAUUUCUCCACAUCCCCCAAACUGGCUGCCAGUCCUGAGAAAAUCGUUUCUUCCCAAGGAAGUUUCUUGGGGUCCUCACCGAGUGGUACCAUGACUGAUCGGCAGAUGUUACCCCCUGUGGAAGGAGUGCACCUGCUUAGCAGUGGGAGCCAGCAGAGUUUCUUUGACUCCAGGACCCUAGGAAGCUUAACCUUAUCAUCUUCUCAAGUGUCUGCGCAUAUGGUCUGAGGAAGCCUUUAACUUACACUCAACUCUAAUGGAUUUUCCUUCUCUCUCUCUCUCUUUUUUUUUUUAAUAAAAAGCAAUGUGGUAAACUAUCUGCAGUUUGUAAAAUGUACAUAUCAUAGAAAAUGAAGGCUCUUUGACUUUCUCAUAGCAAGAUUGUAAUUACCUAUGGUUUAUGUGUAUACUGUAUAUACAUAGUAGGUAGUGUAUUGAUGCCUUUUUCUCUCUCUGGUUUAUCCAGCUGCACAGAGUAUGAGUGUACAUGUGCUGUAUUUAACUCAUCUUCUCAGACUUGUAAAACCAAAAUGAUAAACCUAAAACUUGGCAAUGAUACUAACCAAAGCCUUUUUUUUUAAAGUUAGCAUACAGAGUGAUGGUAUUUUCAUACAUAUCUAACCAAAGGCUUGUAGCUUCAUGUAUCAGAAAACUGCUGUAAGCAGUUUCAUAGUAGAAUGUUGAUAGUGUAUUGUUUUCUGUUAUUCAUGGACACAUUGUGAGAUCCUAAAAUAUGAAGUCAGUGGAAGCCUUAGUAUUAGCCCUGAGGUAUAUGUAAUGAUGAAGGAUUAAUUUUUACAUUCCUGCUUACUCUUAUUUACCACAGAGUUUGGGUCUAUAACCCCUCAUAAUCAUUUCUAUUUUCUGAAGGAAAACAGAAGAGAGGCUUGUAAUUUUUUUUUAAACUUGCCAUUGGACAUAGAAGACCUUAUUUAUGUGCACAGAAUAAAUCUUUACUAUUUUGGAUCUUUUACUCAUUUAAUUUAGUUUAUCAAAUAGGUCAUUAAAGAAUGCCUUGUAAGAAUUUUAAAUCUUAAUGCUCACCAGGGAAGGAGUAUAUGAUAUAAGCAAUGGCAAGACAAGUGAACCCACCUCACAGUCUUUGAUUGCAAUGAGACAUGUUGAGGUUUGCAAAACCAGGGGGAGAUGCCAAGGUUUUUAUGUAGGUUGGUUAUUUUCAUUUAGGAUCCUUUUCUUCUGUCAUGCUUUGAGCUGCUUGACCCCUGAUCUGUGAAUAAGGAAAAGGCAUUACUGCCACUUAUUGAUGUCUCAUAACUCUUACAAAUUGAAACUUUCUCUCCUCCUUAACCUUCUCUGUCUCUGUCUGACUCUUUUCCAAAGCACACAGGACUCAGGCCUUUAUGGUGCCUGAAGGUUAUCUCCUGCCAUCUGCUUCAUGGGCACAGUCAAAGGCCAAAGCCCAUUAUCAGAAAGGCCCCCUUGGAGGACCAAUGGGGAAGAUACACAUUAUGAUAAGUGAACUAUAAAACUUUUAACCUCAACAGAAUUUCUAACCUUGGAAAUGAAGAAAUGAAAACAGUAUUAACUUUUAAAAGUCCCUAAAAUGUAUACAUGAUUCAAGAACUCAAAACAAGAAACUGAUAGUACAUUAUGUAACAGAAAAUUGUCUAAGCACGCACAACUGCACAUUGUUUUUCUAUUAGGAAACUAAAAUGAUGUGUCUGCCUAUCUGCUUGUUAUAUUUCAUUCAUUGGUCUGACAAAUGAAGAGAGUGUCUUCCUUAUCAUUGGUUCAUAGACUUGCCUUAACUCCCUCAUGUAGAAAGAGUAUAUUGCACCUGGUUUACCUCCUUAGCAGGACUAUUAUUAGAUAUUGAGGGUAAUAUUCUGCUCAAACAGAAUGCGUACCAUAUAUGACUCUGUUGAUAGAUGCUGGCAGUUUUCCUCAUAGAGUCAGUAAACAUUUAUCAAAUUGAUACUGCUCUUAAGAUCCAAGAUUAGCAUGAUGGGACAUGAAAUAUUUGCAAUAAAUGUAUCUAAAUAAAAUAUUGUGUGUGGUAUUAAUAACUUGACAAACAUUCUGAAAAGGGCUUUGAGAAUGAGUCCAUCCCAGCCUUUGUGCUUGACAUAAUUCAAGGAUAAUAGUUUUCUCAAGAAAACAUGGAAAGUAAUGUUCAUUACCCAUACUGCAUAUAUAUAUUAAGUAGAGCAUUGCUAAUUUUGCUGUUGGUAAAUUGAGAUGAUACCACAAUGUGAGUAGAGUUGGUUAUGUGUUUUUUUUUGGGGGGGGGAUGGUGGUAAAAUUUAGCAAUAUACAAAUGCUAUUUCUUUUAGGUUUACUGUAAAUAUUAAUCACCAUGUCACUCUGAAGAUUAACCUUUUAUUAUUAUAUUAAA